AUGGCAAAAAAAUACAUGGGCAUGGUCUUUUCGAAGGACCGGGCAUUCACAGCAAAAACGAAGGAGGAGGAGGAGGUGUUUUCUCUGUUCAACCGGAAAAUACACAGCAACGAUCUGGAGGACGACUUCUUUGACCUGGGUGACGGCGCGCGCGAGGCGUUUGCCGAUGAACACGCGUUUUCAAGCGACAGCAGCACGCUCGAUAUGUCAAACGAAGAGGACAGCUGGGCAGAGAGCGCACCCCCUGCCGAAAAAGAAAGCAAGCCGGCAGCCCUUCCUGCGAAAGAGCCCGAAAUGCUGAAAAAAGACUGCUUUGCCUCUCUUGUUGACCAGAUAAACGCAAAGAAUGGAGGGGCUUUCAACGCUCUUUCGAAAAUACUCCACAAGCCCCGGAAGCCUGUAAAAAGAGAAAAGAAGGCGUCGGCGUCAAUAGACGAGUGCAACGAAAUACUCAGCCGGAUGGGGGGAUACAUUCCCCAGACGCCCGAGGAGGCGCCCGCGCCAAAAAAGCAGAAAAAAACAGAGGACAAGCAGGACCGGUGCGAAAACUGGGAAGACCAGCCGGCUGCAGCGAAAAAGAACCAGCCAAACAUUAUCUAA